UCUGAAAGACACUGGGACGCUGAGGGAGCUACAGACCCUGCCUGGUAUGUGAAAGACUGGAAAGGGGGAGAAAAAAAUCAGAAAGACAAGGUCUAUGAAAAGGAAAAGGAUUAAAAACAACAAACACACAUACAUCACUAGCAGAAAUGGUGGAAGUUGACAAUCAGCAGCAUCGACUACCUUUAAAAGAUCCAGGUCAUCCAUCAAUAGUUAUGAACUCCAAGUUGCGUGUGUUGGGUGAAAGAAUAAGCACCAUACGAGUAUCAGAACUACCAAAGGACAAGAACAGGUCAGAGGUCAUCUGUAAUGUGCACUUCCUGGAUGGCACAGUACAGAGCUUCAAAGUCAAUAAACAAGAUGCCGGUCAAGUUUUGCUGGAUUUGGCCUAUAACCAUUUGGGCUUGAUAGAAAAGGAGUAUUUCAGUUUGCAACACAAGGAGGAUUCACUUGAGUCAGCUAGGUGGCUGGAACCGAACAAACCUGUGAGGAAGCAGUUGAAAGGUAGCUUCCCAUAUUCAUUGCAUUUCCGGGUACGUUAUUUCAUUCCUGAUCCCAAUACUCUGCACCAAGAUCAAAGUCGGCACUUGUAUUUUUUACAGCUCAAGAAUGACAUUUUAGAAGGAAGGUUAAAGUGUCCCUCUAGUUCAUCUGUUGUGCUUGCAUCCUAUGCUGUACAGGCUGAGCUUGGAGACUACAACCCUGCUCUUCACUGCCCUGGUUAUUUGUUUGAGUUCCGUUUCCUGCCUGACCAGGACAAUGACUUUUUAACCAAAGUAGAGUCGCUGCAUGAACAACACAGAGGCCUUAAACCAUCUGAAGCAGAGCUUUGCUAUCUAAAUAUCGCUAGAACUCUGGAGUUCUAUGGGGUGGAAAUGCAUGCUUCAAGAGAUCCAAACAACAUGGAGCUGAUCAUUGGAAUCGCAUCUGGAGGGCUUGCUGUCUUUCGGAAUAUGAUUUGCACAAGCUUUUAUUCUUGGGUCAACAUAAUAAAGAUUUCCUUUAAAAGAAAAAGAUUCUUUAUACAGCUAAGGCAGAAGCAUGGAGAGUCCAGGCAUCAUAUUGUGGUCUUCAAUCUCCUAAACUAUAGGGCGUGCAAAAAUCUCUGGAAAUCCUGCGUGGAGCAUCACACCUUCUUUCAGUCAAAGAAGGCACUAGAUCAGGACAAAAAGCUACAGGCGAACUACUGGACGUUGGGCUGUAAGAACACAGGCAGAUCUGUGAAUACUCAGUUUUGCCGGAAGGUCAUUGGUGGAAUGGUGUGGAAUCCAGUCCUGAGAAAAUCUUUAUCUCUGGAGCAUUUGGAGACGAAAAGCCUCCCAUCACGGUCUCCUCCAAUGACCCCCAACUGGAGGAGCCCUCGAUUACGUCAUGAAAUUCGAAAACCCCGGCACUCAUCUGUGGACAACCUAACCAGUGAGAUUGCAUAUAUUCCUGAGACAGAAGAUGUGUUCUACACCUCAAACUCCAAGGACAGUGAUACGGAGUCAUCUCCGAAUCACAGCCCUUGCAAAACAACUAUGGUGGAGAGCAGUGACACACACAAAAAUUCACAGCAAUCCCCACAGAAUCUUCCAUUAUCCCAAUCACCUAAGGAAGAUGCUGCAAAUGUCAAGAUCAUCGACAGACUCUCAGGGUCUCAUCCACUUGAUGGAGUAGAUAAGCAGUUCCUGGACAGCUAUGAUAAUGUUUCAAAAGGCAACAACACAGAUGGUGAUGGCCAGUAUUAUUGUGACAAGAGUGAGUUGAUGGAUGGCAGUCUGUUACUAAUUCGGAUUACACCAGAUGAAGAGGGGAGAUUUGGCUUUAAUGUCAAGGGUGGAGUGGACCAGAAGAUGCCUCUUGUGAUAUCUAGAGUUAGCCCAGAUUCUCCAGCAAGCAAGUGUACACCUAAACUUCUGGAAGGUGAUCAGAUUGUGCUGAUCAACGGAAGAGAUAUCUCUGAGCACACACAUGAUCAGGUGGUCAUGUUCAUCAAAGCAAGUCGGGAAUUGCACAGCAAAGAGCUUGCUCUUUUGGUCCGUCGCAAAGUUGCAAAACCAUUCAUUCAGCCAGUGCCAGAGGAUGAAAUGGAUUUCAGUUAUAUGGGAGCGCCAAUCUUGCCUACAUUUCCUCAGUAUGGUGAGACUCUGGAGGAAUCCAUGGCACAAAUGAAGAGUGGCCUUGAAAGUGGCACUGUGCUCAUCCAGUUUGAGCAAUUGUACAGAAAAAAGCCAGGAAUGCCAUUUAUGUGUGCAAGGCUACCACAAAACAUGGACAAAAACAGAUAUAAAGAUGUCUUACCAUAUGACACUACCAGAGUGGUCUUACUUGGAGAAGAGGACGAUUACAUAAAUGCAAAUUACGUUAAUAUGGAAAUCCCCUCUGGUAACAUUGUUAACAAGUACAUAGCAAGUCAAGGUCCUCUUCCACACACCUGUGUGCACUUUUGGAGUGCUGUGUGGGAGCAACACUCAUCUGUGAUUGUCAUGCUAACCACCCUGACAGAGCGGAGCCGGGCAAAAUGUCAUCAGUACUGGCCGGAUCCUCCUGAUGUGAAAGAGUAUGGCAAGUUCCAGGUGUGCUGCCACUCUGAGGAAUGUAACAUAGCCUAUGUGUUACGAGCCCUGACUGUCUCAAAUAAGGAGACUGGAGAGGAGAGGCCAGUCACACAUCUCCAAUAUGUGGCCUGGCCAGACCAUGGGGUUCCAGAUGACCCCUCGGAUUUCCUGGAAUUUGUCAACUUUGUGAGGCAGAAGAGAGUAGAGGAUGAGCCCCUCCUUGUCCACUGCAGCGCUGGAAUUGGGCGGACUGGUGUUUUGAUCACUAUGGAAACAGCGAUGUGCUUGAUUGAAAGGAGCCAGCCUGUUUACCCACUAGACACUGUGCGCACGAUGCGAGACCAGAGGGCAAUGAUGGUUCAGACAUCGAGUCAAUACCGUUUUGUGUGUGAAGCCAUCCUGCGUGUCUAUGAGGAAGGACUGACGAAGGCCCUGGACUCAAGUUAGUGGGAAAUCAAACACUAGGAGAGUUCAUAACUCUGCUACCCUGAAUUCUGAGUGCACACUGGGAUGUCAGUACAGUCAUCUUGUGUCUGAAAGUCGGCAACAAGAGGAUAGACACAGUGUUGGCAUCGGAGCACAUGGGACCUGCAGCACUUUAACUAUGUUGGGAGAAAAUGACUACUACACUAAGGACAUGUGUUAGAGCACUAUUCUUCAAAGUCCUGGAAUUUUUUUCAUUUUGGUAAAAACAAAAAAUACAAAAAAGUUGGUUUAUUUUUCUAAAGACAAAAAGAAAAUGAAAAAAAAAAAUACGCUAGCGCCUCACCUCCUCUGGCUUGUGCUGUCUACGCUUUCUUCUGCGUCAGUGUGACAGAAAGACAAGAUGGUCUACCAGUAUUGGGGAGGAAAGUUAAUUUUUUUUAAAGUGGGAGAACAGUUAAUGUUUAUGGUUAUUUGCCCCUGUGAGGAGAAUUAAUGCCAAUUUCUGAUAAUAGCAAAUAUUUUAUUUAAUUAUUCUUUAUAACUGAAUCAAUACAUAUAUUGUAUUAUAAUUUUUCUAAACAGCUAUAUGUACUUAUUUUUCUUUUUCAGCUUCAGGGCUCGCAAUGCUGCUAUAGAUUAUAUAACGUGACAGGUACUGUAUCGCCCCUCCAAGCACACUCGGCUGUGCCUGCUGGUAUACAGACGUACAGCGGUAGUCGACUUGCUGUUUGCUGCUUAAACCCUUGGCCAAAGGAAAUGCAUAGAAAGCAGAGCCCUGAACGUAAAUGAAUGCUGAUUUCCGUUCCAACUCGAGAUAUUUUCAAAUCUUUUAUGAACCGUCUGUAUUUCAAAUGUCGGUAUCUUUGUAUCAGAAUUGCUGUGAGUGCAUUUUCCGUGAACAAAGGAGCAAUGACAUGUAAAGCCUUAGCUGGCAUAAAAAAGAAACGCGUUUUGUGUAAACAUCUUCAGUUUUUAUUUUGAAUCCACAGUUCCUUUAGGAAAGUGAAUCAAACUGGGCAAGACACACGAUUAAAUGUGUGAGGUCACCUUGUUUUGUGACUUUUUGCGGAUGUGCAAAGCCACAGAGAGGACCACCAGCUUCAGCUGAUUCAUUCUGUCAGACAGGGGACUGAGUCUUCUUUGCUUUAGAGCAUCAGGACCAUUAGCUUCUCAUUUCAACUCCCAAUCACACGUUAGUUCCUGCCUGUAAUUUGCCUCGUAAAUACUGCUAACUUCCAGUCUUUUUCGAGAAAUACGUAACAGGAUUUUUUAUCUUCAUCCAAGAAAUGGAGUAAGGAGCCUCAUACGCGAAAGUAAUUGUUUGUUUCCUGAAUGUUCUUUCAUAAUAAAUAGGGUGUUGACAAAACAGGGUACCAUAAAAAAAUCAGGAGAAGGCACAGGGUUGCUUUUGAUAUUACACAGGUUUUCAUUUUUAUAUAUCACCUUCCAAAUUUCAGGGAUACUCAGAAUGAGAAAGUUGAGAUUAAACCAACACAUCUCAGUUGACUGUUUUAAAAAGUACUCAUUUUAACAAGAUAAAAGAUGUCACAAAAUGUUUUAGGUGAUGUGUUUAGGCUGUGCUUCCCAUCAGUGUUUAACAAAGUGGCGUCAGUUCCGUCUGUCAGCUGUGCACUCCUGAGCCUGACGGUUCAUCGUUCACUACUCCAGCUGUAGACGUCUACUGCUAACCAGAUUUAUAAACUCAGUCACAGUGUAACAGGGCCAUAUGUAACAUUGACCUGUUCUUCCAGUGAUGUCAAAGGGCAGAGACAAAUCAGUCCACUAAUCAAACUUAGCAGGGGUCGUUAACAAAGGUGAACAAAAUACAGAGAUCACAAAAUCCAAAAGUAAACUGGAAACAAUGUGAAUGAACAUGCUAAAAUUAGUAUUAAGGCUUUAAAUUGACACCCUAGUAGAACUGUAAAAGGUUUUGUUGUUGUAUAUCCAGAAUCUUGGAAAACCAAGGGAGUGUGCAACACACGAUCUUGAAACUGUCGUAACGUCGAUGUCCUGUAUCACGACUUACUGGCUGUCACGUGCUAGCAACCACACCCCAAACUAACAAAGUGGUGGUGGCUUCGAGAAACAAAUGUGGUGUUGCAUCAUGGUGCAAAAUAUUUCCAAGAAAGGCAAAAUGGUCUAAAAAUGAAAAAUAAUGACGACAAAAAAUUAUUCUUCAGGUGUCAGAAACCCUAAUAGGAGGAAAAAAAAUCCUGAAAAUGCACAAAGUAGAAUCGGGGGGGGGGAUGAACAACAGUAUAAAAUCGUGACGUGAUCCUCUUCAGUUAAUUCUGCAAAGAAGUGCAUAUCAGUAACACCGGGCCAGUCCUCGUGUGUCCUCGCAGUGUUCACUCAUUACUCGCUGCUCUGCAAAUAUGCGUCACAUCCUUUAACUGCCAUGCUGACAGGACAGGUGGGUGACUUUGAGAGAAACAGUUUUUAUAUGAAUACACGCAAACUUUUGAUUUUCACAGCCUUGUUAAAAUAACGUUAAAUUAUUCAUCAUAGCCAUGGGGGUCACUCCCAAGUUAAGCGAAGAAUAAUGAAAUGGACUAAAACCAGUAAAGAGCUACAUUUGUACACUACAUCUUACGACGUUUCAUCCAAGUGCGAUGUGAUCAGAUGCAAGACUUAUAAUUCAAUAUGAAUUUUUGUUAAAGACAAGAACUGGCCUCGGAUUAAGAGAUGACGGUGUACAGCCACUCUGGUCCUUGAUGACUGAUUGCACUUGGAAUUAAGCAGUCACUUUUAUUUUGUAUAUAAAAUAUUUUAUUCAUGUUAUUUUAGAUGCAUUUGUAAAAGACAUAGUCAUGCAAAUUUAGUACAAAGAGGUCGUGGAACUUGCUUUAAGGCUCUUGGAUAGCCAGCAGCGGGAUGUGAUCUUUCAGUAGACGCUGCGGAAACUGCAAUGCAGUUUAACAUUUUAUUUGUUGUCAGUACGUGUCCAAGUAAACUCUACCCAAAAGUGCAAAAUCAAAGCUGAUGAUGCUAAUUCAUAAAAUUUACCUUGUAACAAAAAAUGACUCAUUAAAAAAAUAAAGAAAUUAAAGGACCUUUGAAACAGUAGUGUAAAAAGCAACACCAAAAAUACAACGUUCAAAUCACCAGAGAGUCUUUGCUGGAUGGGACUAAAACAACAUGUUUAUCAGUUUUCAGUUUUUACCCAAAGUGGUCAAACUGCUGGCUAUGAUAGACAACUCUUUCCAAAAGCAGACGGCCCUUUUUUUUUGGUUUGUAUUACACAGUGACCUCCUUCUAGGUCUCCACCCCAGCUUUACAUUUUAACUGUGAGUUUUUCUGUGUGUUCUCCAAGUUAUGAAACCCUGAUGUGUUUGGCCUGAGGGCUGUUUGCAAAACUCCCCCCAACCACUGACCUCAUACUUGAAAAAACAUAAACCAAAGCUGCCAAGUGGUGGCCACAGAUAGUUUUAAUAAUAAUACAUUUUAUUUAUAUAGCGUCUUUCCCUUGCUCAACUAACCUUAAAGAACUUUUUUUGUUAGUUUAUUCCUUCAUUUGUUCAAAUGGAAGUGGACAUCACUUUUUAUGCUUUUCCAGAGAGGUGGGGAUUAUUCCUGAACUUCAUGUUGUUUUGCAUGGCACCUGCCUGUCUUCAUAGUGAGUAUAAAGUGACGCUUAACCGCUGCCACCCACUGUCUAUGAUGGUCCUCACUUAACAAUUUCAGCAGGAAACUAAAGCCACACAAACAAGAAAAAAGCAAAGAAAAAAAUGUGCUCAGAAUAACUAAGCAUCAGAAGGAGUGCACUACAGUACUUGUUAUAUCCUGGCGUUUCUUUACUGCUGAAACUGUAUACAUAAUCUGCUUUUUUUUGGGUUUUUUUUAUAAACCCAAAGAUUCCCAUCCGUCCUUCCAUCUAUCUGUCCAUCCAAUUCUACUUCAUGUAACACAUUUCACAAAAACAACCAAUUCAAGGUGGUUUGCAAACUAUUGAGAGUAUGAGAAGAGCCUGGAGAAAUUUAAAUCACGCUACAAUACAACAAACUGACUGUAUUAAACGUUAAAAUGUCAGUUACUAAUUAAUAAUUUAAAGCAAACAGUAAAGCCGCUUUUAAGUUGCGUCCUGAUAUCUAGGCAGGUGUCGCUGACAAAUGCUGUGCACAGGAGGAAAUGAAAGGAUGUUCUGUGGUGUAUGUGUCAAAUGCUUAAGCAGAUGCUGGUAUUAAUCUACAAAUAAUAUCCUAAAGAUGUAUGCAUACCUGUUAGUGAUCAUCUCCUCAAAUCUGCAGGGUGGUUGUUUUGUUUUUGAGAAUUUAAGCUCUGAAAUACUUCAUGAUGAGGGCUUUGUGUCUUGAGACAUAAUCUCUUCUAGUUCAAGUAGCAUUUCUGAGGGGGCUGGAAAAACAUUUGUAAAUAAAUUAGGUUACCUUGGAAAACCUGAGCCAUCUAGCAAGAGCGUUUGUGUGGUCAUAUGGCGGAUACACCGUGCUGCUCUUACACAUAGCAAGCAGCCAGGGAAUCUCCCAAAAGGGAGCAAAUGUGUGAAUCUAAACAGGGUUGUUCCAUAUUGUCAAGAGGUCGGUUUGUUCGCCCCAAAUUGACACAGCAUUUUACUCAGGGAGUGCAUUAGUGCUGGGAUUGAUGACAGAGCUCCAGAGACCAAAGGUGGACUUUGACUGACGGAAGUCAAGAGGAAUAAUUUAGGAGCAAGUUCAUUAUACUGUCAAGUAGAAAUACACCCAAAGAAAGCUGUAGCAGCGGGAUUUGUCCUUGUGUGUGUCUGUUCCAUUUACUCGCCCUCUCUUCACUAAAAUGGUUGGUUUUACCUUCUCAAGGCUACUGUGUGAUCCCUGCAGAAUUCCAGAUGUGGGUCAUUGCUCCAGCUAGAAUAGUGACAGCUUUAAAAGGCAUUUAUUGGGUAUUCAUUUGUGGAUGUUUAGUGCUUAGAAUAUCCUGUAUUAGCAGGCACAUGUGUGCUAAGGGUACCAGUAACAUUUACAUACCAUGUGAUCAAAAUUAAAAUAUGCACACGUUGUAUGUUGAACAUGUACAAUACGUGUCUUUUCUCUAAUAUACACUGGGUGGUGCAUGAAAAAGUAGCCCUCAGUCAUGGAGCAUAUGUUGGCAUGACUUUCAUGACAUACCUGUCAAUGCUCACCCCAUCAACGUCUUUCUGUGUGAUCUGCCAUGGUGCCAACAGCUUUAAGGGUACGACAGAAAGGUUUUUUAAUUUUGAUGCAUUGCCCACAGGAGCAGUCGCAUGCCAUUUUUUUCACCAAUUGCUGAAUGGUUUGUUUCACAGGAGCACUUAUAACGGGAUAUUGUUCAUCAUAAGUCAGCUUUAACAUGCCUGUGUGAACUUCGAGGGGACCACAAUGGCAGUACACUACUGUGGUGAACUCCUGUCUUCCCACCAGCACUCACAGAGAGAGAUGACAGACAUAACAAAACAUGCCUGGAGACCCCCACUUGGCUUCUAGAGCCUGGGUAGGGCUCUUUGCCGUAAGCGGGGCUGCUUUUCCAUGCAUUACUCUGCAGAAUGAUGAUUUUUAUUUUUUCCAUAGAAAGACUUGGCAAUACUUGCCAAUUUAUAUCCUAAAUAGCCACAAAUAAUUACAAAACAAAUGCUUAGAAUAUACAAAUUUGUGUUUUAAAAAUGGAUUCUUGUAACUCCUGAAAGUCUACGUUUUUGAUACUCUUGUCAUUUUUCAGUGCCAACAGCUUAGGCCACCGUGGCAGGUUUUUAUUUGCUCUUUCCUGUCAUCUGAAUUCUCGGCCCUGAGCCUGACGUUUCUCUUGCCGGGAGUUCCUGGCGAGUCGCUGCUCAGGUGGAGUCCCAGAGUUCAGGUUGAGUAUUUAGUUUUCAAAAACCACUGGUGUAUGAAUUUUGUAAAGAUUUAUCUAAAAUUUAUAAUCACACUGGGUAAGUAGCUUUUUCAAGAUUUUGCUUUACUGAAACGAAUGGCAGAUUUUUUUAUGGACAGUUCUUCACAUGUAAAUUUAUGUUAAUAUUAAAAAGAUAAAUUAUUGUUUA